UUCGUAAAAGGAAUAUGUCGUGAAUAUGGAUACACAAACUAUGUUGGAUGUAUUCAAUAUAAAUGUCAAUGGGAUGAAUUGAGACGAAUGGCAACAUACAGAUAUGCCAAAGGAGGUUGUAAAGAAUACACAACUUCAAACUGCCAUGAUGUUGGUGCAGAAUGGACUGAAACUUAUGGAAAAGCAACAUGUUUAAAGAUGAAAUGUAAAAAAUCAGGCAACUCAUUCACGUAUGAUGUGGGCUAUUUGUGCCAAGACGCUGAUGGAUAUUGUGUAAACCCUGGACAAAAAUUUGAAGCUUUAGGAUAUAAUGGACAGAGGCGUAAAAAUUGUUACUGUAAACAAACGGGAUCUCAUGUUACAACCGUUUGUACAGCAAGUCAUAAUUAUUAAUAUGAUUAUAAAACAAUAUUCAUAUGAGAGUUAAUA